CUGAUAGCACAUGACAACUAUGUAGAAGACGAAGUCAGGAACAUUCCUGCAGCUCCGAACAUUCCUCCAGCUAGCUCUCUCCCUCAUCAUGGAUCAGGCGAGGUUCCCUGAUUGUGUCAAGUUGUUGGACCACCUGGGUCUGUAUCUGAGAGAUCAUGCUAAAGUAAGGAUUCUGGUGAUCAGCGAGCUCGGUGAACCGCUUGUUGAUGUUAACAGCUGGGAAGUGAUGGAGAAGCUACACAAGUUAGCAGAGCCCGAGAGGUUCACUCACAUCAGACUACAGAAGAGUCCUGCCCUGGAGUUUCUAUUGUUUGAGGGCCUCUUCCAGGAUAGGGAGAUUAUGAGCUAUGUUAUCAGGAAUACGAACAACACCAAGUUCAAAGCUCAAGGUAGCAAUGUUAUACUUACUGUGAAGAUCAAGGAGGAUGCUUACGACUAUCCAACCGUAGAUGAAUGGGAGACUUACUUCAAAACCAUCAACGGUAAGAAGAACUGGUCGGAGUGUAUCCCCGGUGAACGAGCAGACACGGUCAUAAUAAAGAACCUACCAACUAAGUGGUUCUCUCUUGAUUCCAAUAAUCCUAAACCUUGUGAACGGUUCUUAAAAGAUGCUCUUGCUGUAUAUGGAACCAUCAGAAAGGUUGACUACGAAGACUGUGUUGAAGAUGGUGAAUUGGGUGAUGAUAUAACCUCCCUGGGGAACCAGUUUGGAAUACCGCUCACCUUCAACGCUUACAUUCAGUAUCAGAACUACGCCCACUUCAAAGCGGCCAUGUCGGGGUUAAAGGGUAAACAACUGAUGAGACUGUUCCCUGGGCAGAAACCAACAUUUUCUCCCUUCGUUGUGGACUACGAUAGAACAGGCUUCAUGACGGAUAAAACUCAUAAGAUGAGGAAGUUAGAGAGAGAAAGACUAGCAGAAGAAGCUAAACGAAAACACGAAGCGUACAUGAGACAGCAGAACGAACUUAUGAAACAACAAAUUGAGAAGAGACAAAAGAAGAAGAGGAAAUUGGAAGAAAAGAAGAUGGAGGAGUCAAGAAGAAGGUCAUCGAAGGGGCCGAAAAAGAAGAAAAAGAAGUCUGGUAUUGAUAAGAGUGAAAUAAAACAAAUUGAAAGUUUAGAAGACGAAUGUAAACAGGUUGCAGCCAAACUGCUAAAAGGUAUCCUGAUACGAGUAGCAGCAGUGGAGAGGGAGAGGUUGUUAAAACAGAGGGAGGACGUGUUGAAGAGAUACAGUGAGCACAAGAAGAGACAGGAAGAGGAGCAGAAGGUGCUGGAGGAGGAUAAGGCUAAGAAUAUUGAAGCGAUGAGGGCACGAGAGAAAGAGCUAAAAGACAGGUUAAUGAAGAAAUUCAAACAAUUUGAGGAGAAGAAACAGAAGACACACGACAAAAUUCAGAAGAAAAAACAUAUAAUUAUAUGAGAGGGACUCGCUUAUCAUUCAUUCAAUUAGUUGAACUUUGAUAGAAAUAAACCCUCUUGUGUUGAAAAAAAGACAAUCAAUCAGCGUAAAUUCAAGUGGACACAUUGCAUUGCAAUUCAUAAUUUCAGAUUCAUUUUAUUGCAUCGAAGAGUUUGAUUGAGCUGCGUUCUGUGGCAAAUGCAGAUUUAACCGUAUUACUUAACUUGGCAUAUUUUAUAAUUCUUUGGCCCUUUAUCAGACUUCUUUCCUUAUUAUUUUGAAUUGUGAACGUGUUCUUACAAUACACACAUGGUCUUGGGAUCUGUGGUAAACUAUUGGAUAGUUGAUUCAUAUAAUUAAUAUCGUAUCAUCGUACCAUUUAAUAUUCAUUAUUGAAUUUGAAACCUUUAUUCAAUUUAUCAUUUGGUGACAGUUCCAUCAACUUUUAAAAUUCUUUAAAAGUUUUACUUUUCACCAUAGUUUCUAAAUUAUUUGUGAUAA